UAGGUAAGUAUUUUGUUAUAUUUAUCGAGCCAAGAACGCUCCUCUAUAUUACUGAUUGAUGUUUUUGUUAUAUUUUCUCCAGUUUGCAUAUGACUCCUCACGGAAACAAACGACGACGAGAGGUGAAAGAACAACCGAAAAUUAUGGUCCCCAUGCAGACCGGAGAUUGUUCCGACACGGAAGACAAUUCGGAAUUCGACUACUCGACUGACGACGAUGAUCUGGACACUAUAAUAGAUAUUUCUGAUUGUGAAGAUCUCGAUGAAGAGGAGGAAAUCUACGGUUUAAUGCACCAUGCAGAUGUAUCCGAUUCGGAUUUGAUCGACUGCACCUACUCAACGGAUGCAAUGGACGUAUCGGAACUUUGCGUGGAAGAAAAAACCGGUACGGCGACAGCACAAUCGGUGAAUGGAACUGGAAAGAAAGAUUUCCACCAGUCGAUGGAAACUAUCAGCUGUGCGGACACAGUAUCAUCAGACAUGAGCACCGACCCGGAUUGGAUUUCCACGGAUGACGAAGAAGCCCUCGAGGAGUAUCUGGUGUACAAGGAAAUACUCCGGCAGAAGAAGAUACAAGAGAACGCUAAGCGCACGGAACUGGAGCCCUGUGACGACAUCGAUGCCAUCAAUAUGCGAUACUGGACCAAGGGUAGCACAGCGGCGAAAGGUAAGCCCUGCACGAUGACUAGUUCGGCCGGUCCGGCGGCUCGGAUCGAGAUGAGGCGGUUCGUGCUGCCGGCACAAGAAAUGUUGAAAAAUUACUUCCGCAGCGUGAUUCCCAAACGGUUCGUUGUGAACAGCAAGGAGAAUGGUUGCGUAAGUAGGAACAAAAUGGAUAUCGGGGUUAAGAUAAACCCGAAUCGAAUUGCACUUUCUGAGAAAAAUUGAAUCUUUUUUUACAAAUUGACGAAUGCUAGAAAAAGCAGGACCGGCUUUGGUUAUCGACCAAUCGAAAAACGUUUGCGUUCUAUCGACAGUUUUAAAACGAUAAAAAUAGAAUAAAUAUGAGAAUAAAAGAUACAUCAAUGUUAAAUCUAGCAAUAGGUACAAUCAAGCUAAGGUAUCUCUUCCUCCACCAAAUUAUAACGUAGAUGCAGAGUUAAAAUCCCUCUCUUGCAUUACAUACUGUUUAAUCUACACUCUCAACUGUUCGAUUUCGAAAGAAGUUGAUCAUCAAUAUUAAUUUCUAUUCUCGAUUAGCCUAGACAGUCGUGUAGCAGUUUCUUCAACUGGCUAAGAGUAUCACUACGGACUGCCUGAUGAGGUGGUCCACCAAACAGGUGACCCCUAAUUCAUGGUGUCAAGCGGCUUAAUGCGUACCGUGCCUAGGAAUUGAUGGUUAGAGGGUCUGAUAAAAACCUAACCGUUAACGGUGCCUGUGAAGUACCACGGCACCC